AUGGCGUCCAGCCAGCAGAAGGUCGUCCAUCAAGACUACAUCGCGCGCAUUCGAUACUCGAACGCCUUACCACCACCGCCGAAUCCGCCGAAGCUCCUCGACAUUCCGGGCACCGGUCUUUCAGGCGGACAAUACACCAGUGCAGGAUAUGCAUCGCGGCUGGCAAGGGAGCAGCCGCUCAAUAUCGAGGCGGAUGCGGAGCUGGGCAUGCCAAUCGAUCUCAUAGGCAUACCGGGUAUCUUCGACGGCGAUGAGCGCGGUAAGGCGGUGUACAUGUUAAUCUGAGGCAAGACCGGGUGCUGAUGGAAGACAGCUAUCUCGACGCGAUCCGGACCACAAACACUACAUCCUGCAGACAAGGCCCUGCUCAAGCCCGUCGCGGCGCUUGGGAAGCCCAAUGCCGGCGGAGCAGUCUCGUUCUUGCGGAGAACAGAGUACACCGCUUCGCAGAGCACACAGCACUUCACAUCGUCAACUUCCAAAGACUUGGUAAAACUACGCAACGAUGGCAAGAAGCGCAAGCCAAGUGUGAACAAGGAGGACCCGAUCAACAUCAUGAGAAACAUCAUCAAAGGCUUCGAUAUCGCGUAUCCGAAAGAUGUAUACAGAGGCGAGGACAGUACUACGAACCUAAGAGGAGCACCCGCGACUGAUCAGGAGGCGAAAGCAUGGUCGAAUCCACGGCACCCCUCGAAACCGGACCUGAAGCUGCUCGACUCGUAUCCAAUCCUCCCUGAUCUAGACGCAAUACCUUCCACUGGCUUCUACAUGGUCAUGAGAUUCAACGGCAACCCUGUAGACAAGAGUAGGAAAUACGACGAGCGGCUGGACACUGCCAUCUUGAGGCCAGUCACGAACGAGGAUGGUGAAGCCGCAUAUUUGGACAAGCAGGCAGCGUGGGAGGAGUCCGACCAAAAGAAGCCCGCACCCAUACGCGAAUACGACUAUGACUAUUUCCUUCCGGAAGACGCGUCGGCACCUCGGGGCAUUAAGCGCAAGCUCAAUGUCAAUGACCCGGAGAACGAUGAUUCAGAGCUGUACACCGACGACCUUGGCAAUGGUCGGCGGGCAUUCAAGUACACGCGGCUACGUACGUAUGAAACACGGGCUCAGGAAGGUGAUCCCAACGAGUUCUACAAUUCGACUGUGGCAGUGGCGCUGCACGAUCCUGAGACCGAUGUUGGUACCACGCCGGGCGCCAAGAAACGACUACAGAAAGGAGCAUACUUCUAUCCGGUUGUGCAGAGGACGUCACUACGACCCAAGCGAAACGUCGGAAAAGCGCUGUAUCAGGAUGAAGAGCCGAAAGUCGAUGAGAUUGACGUUACGAUUGGUGACAUGAAUGAGGACACGCAGGCGAAUCAGUUGGAGAGGAAGGCUCAAUUAGAUCCAAACCUGCGCUCAACUGCAGAAGGUUGA